AUGAACAUCAAACCAAUGGAAGAGGUUAUCAUUUCACUUGUGGCAUUGAGGAUUCUCAUCUCUAUCAUUGGUAUUUUUGGGAACCUCUUCUUGAUCCUGGCCAUCUUCCAAGUGAAGCAGCUAAAGACGUAUGAAAUUUUCCUAAUUGGUCUGACUGCCUCAAACCUGGAGGAGAUUGUGGUUGUUGACAUCUAUGACAUUUACAUGAGGUACAAGAGCAGUGUCAGUAUUUGGUUAUGUCAGACCCUUAAAUUCUGGACCAUCAUAGGACAAGUGGGCAGUAUCCUCUUUACACUUGUCAUAAGUAUUUACCGCUAUCAGAAGCUCAGAGACACUGACACACGGCUUAAUCUACCAAUACAUAUGGACAAGAUUCGAGUUGCCAUGGGGCUGUGUGUGUUUUGUGGGUUUCUGGCUGCACUCUUUGCUGUGCCUACUUAUGUCCUCAAAUUGGACGGCCACUUGGAAAACUCCACCACUAGAAGAUGCCCUCCGGAUUUCUUCCUGUGUUCAAAGACAAACUGUCCCACUGUCAACCGUGUCUACAAAUUCCUCUUCAUCGUUAUCUGUAACCUGCUGCCUCUGAUCAUUGUCACUGGGACUAGUAUGCUCAUUUUAAAAGUGCUGAUUGUUCAGCAAAGGGUGAUUGCAGUUCUGCAGGGCAGAGGGUCCGUGAUCACAAAUCGCCAACGCCCCAGGAACAAAGGGUUGCAUCGUAGCACUGUGGCAGUUCUUGUAGCCAUGGCGGUUUUCCAGGUAGACUGGAUCCUGUACCUUGUGUUACAUCUUGCCUUUGAGCCAAACAGCUUCUCCGCCUGGUCUGAGGUAGAGUUUUUCAUUACAACAUCUUACACUGCCAUCAGCCCAUACAUAUAUGGUAUUGGGAGUAACCUGUUCUCCUUGAAGCAUUUCAUGAAUUAA